GGCAAGAAACAUCGGCGCAUAUAUAUAAGACGUGCCGUGCCGUACAAGCAGCGAAUCCUAGGUCGUUGACAGGUCUGUGACUGUGUGUGGAGACUUGUUUCUGCAAUCAUGGACAAGACUUUAACUGGAAGCAAGAUCCGUCAGAUCUUCAUAGAUUUCUUCAGAGAGAAGUAUCAGCACACCUACGUUCAUUCAUCUGCUGUCGUUCCACUAGAUGACCCAACUCUCCUAUUCACUAAUGCAGGAAUGAACCAAUUUAAGCCAAUCUUUCUCGGAAUUGUGGAUCCGAAAAGUAAACUGGCAAGGCUAAAAAGGGCUGUCAACUCCCAGAAGUGUAUCCGUGCAGGUGGAAAGCAUAACGAUCUGGAUGAUGUUGGUAAAGACGUGUACCAUCAUACUUUUUUUGAGAUGCUGGGUAAUUGGUCCUUUGGCGACUACUUCAAGAAAGAAGUUUGUGCCAUGGCAUGGGAACUGCUUGUAGAUGUCUACAAACUUGAUAAGGAACGUAUGUACGUAACCUAUUUUGGGGGCGAUACUAAGGCCCAAUUGGAACCAGAUCUAGAGUGCAAGGACAUCUGGCUAAAACUAGGAGUACCUGCAGAUCACGUCCUUCCAGGAAACAUGAAGGACAAUUUCUGGGAGAUGGGUGAUACGGGACCAUGCGGACCCUGCAGCGAGAUUCAUUACGAUAGAAUCGGUGGCCGCAAUGCAGCACACCUCGUUAACAUGGACGUGCCGGAGGUACUCGAAAUCUGGAAUCUGGUUUUCAUCCAGUUCAACAGAGACUCGAGUGGGUGUCUCAGCGUGCUUCCUUCGAAGCACAUUGACUGUGGCAUGGGCUUGGAGAGACUGGUGUCAGUCAUUCAGGACAAGCAGUCGAACUACGACACAGAUCUGUUCCGCGCGCUGUUCGAUGCCAUAGAAGCGGGAUCCGGAGCACGGCCGUACACGGGUAAAGUUGGUGCAGACGACAAGGACGGUUGCGACAUGGCGUACAGGGUGAUUGCCGACCACAUGCGCACGCUGACGAUUUCACUAAGCGACGGUGGAACACCCGACAACACAGGGCGAGGGUACGUGCUUCGUAGGAUCCUGCGCAGAGCUGUCCGAUACGCCAACGAGAAAUUAAAGGCGAAGCCCGGAUUUCUCGCCAGCCUGAUCGACGUCGUCGUUGAACUGCUUGGCGACGCCUUCCCAGAGCUGUCCAGGGAUCCGGAAGCUAUCAAGGACGUUAUAAAUGACGAGGAAACCCAGUUUUUGAAGACGCUCGCACGCGGCGAAAAGAUGUUUUACAGGACCGUCGCGAGGCUCGGUAAUGACGCCUCCGUCUUGCCGGGAGAUGUCGCCUGGCGCUUGUACGACACAUACGGUUUCCCUGUCGAUCUCACAGAGUUGAUGGCGGAAGAGCAUGGCUUCAGGGUCGACAUGACCGAAUACGAAGAUGCCAAAAAGCAAGCGCAGUUGGUUUCUCAGGGGCCAGGCGGUGGAGUCGACGACGGGAUAAAUCUGGACGUGCAUGCCAUCAGUGAUCUCCAGCAGCAAGGAGUAUCUCCUACAAACGAUAGUCUGAAGUACAGCUAUACGUACGAAGGCGAAAACCCGAAGGAGGCGACCUACAAGUUUGAGUCGUGCGUCGGUAAGGUGAUCGCUUUGCGUUAUAACAAGCAGUUUGUGGGCAGCGUCUCAAAUCAGGAAUGCGGCAUCUUGCUCGACCGAACCAGCUUCUACGCAGAGCAAGGAGGGCAAAUAUACGAUGAGGGCUUCCUGGUGAAGCUUGGCGAUGAAGAGACAGAAUUCUGCGUGAAGAAUGUGCAGGUGAGAGGCGGAUACAUUCUGCACAUCGGAAGCUUGGAGGGCACCGUGAAAGUCGGAGAUGAGAUGAAGGUUCAGAUAGACGAAGGUCGUCGCAAGCUGGUCAUGAACAACCACACAGGCACGCACAUUCUGAACUUUGCUCUCAGGCAGGUGCUAGGCGAGGCAGAUCAGAAGGGCUCACUUGUGGCUCCAGAUCGACUGAGGUUUGAUUUUAGCGCGAAAGGUGCCAUGAAGGCUGCUCAGGUCAAACAGGCAGAAGAAAUUGCGAAACAACUGAUAUCCAAAAACGAAGAAGUUUACGCAAAGGACAGCCCUCUUGCACUGGCUAAGGCAAUUCAAGGUCUUCGAGCGGUGUUCGACGAAACGUACCCCGACCCGGUCCGCGUUGUUUCCAUCGGUAUACCCAUCGAAGACAUGCAAGCUGAUCCAACUAGCCCCGCUGGCUCGGUGACGUCCGUCGAAUUCUGCGGCGGUACGCACCUGCGACGCAGUGGACACGUCGGCGAUUAUGUCAUUGCGUCAGAGGAAGCCAUCGCCAAGGGCAUCCGCCGCAUCGUCUGCCUCACCGGUCCUGAAGCGACGAGGGCUCUACACCGCGCGACUCUUCUCAACCAGCAGUUUGCGCAGCUGCAGGAGCAGGUUACCGCGCGCUGUGAGACGAAGGAGCAGCAGAAAGCCGCUAGCAGGAAGAUCGUGGAUCUAGGCGACGACAUCUCUCAGUCGGUCAUCCAGGCCUGGAAGAAGGACGAGAUGCGGGUGAGCCUGAAAGGCCUCAAGAAGAAACUCGACGACCUUGACAAGGCCGCCAAGGCUGCGAUGCUGCAGAGGGUCGUCGAGGAGGCGAAACAGAUGAUUGCCGCGAAACCGGAGCAGAUGGUCGUCGUUCACCGCUUCAAUGCCGGCGCCGUCGGGAAGGCACUAGAUGGUGCCAUUCAGCAGUACAAAGCUCUCUCGCCAAAAACUGCUGCAAUCUUCUUCAGCACAGAUGAGGAUACCGAUAAAGUUCUCUGCAUGUGUUGUGUACCCAAGGAGCUUGUCACUAAAGGCUUGAAAGCUAAUGAGUGGGUCGGGCAUGUUAGCGGAGUACUGAAUGGUAAGGGAGGUGGUAAGGAAGCUGCUGCACAGGCCACCGGGUCCAACAUUGAGUCGGUAGAUAUUGCUAUAAAGAUGGCAGAGGAAUUUGCUCUACUGAAACUAGAAAAUUGAAUGCACUGAUUAUGUAAAAUGGGCAGUUUUUACUUGCAGGGAAAUUUUGUCUCUGAUAAUUCAUCGAGUAUUGGCUUGUCUGUAAUUUUGUUAGUAUUGGUUUUGUUAUUUAAAACAAGGAAAAUAUUUAGUGUAGUUCCAUAGAAAAUGGAUUUCUAUUAUUUCAUCUUUUCUCAGUGUAUUUACAUACAGGUUCACGUAAAUUUUAUUUCAUUGCGCGAAGGUAUUGAUACUUACACUCAUAAUACGUAAAUACCUCUACUCUGGCUAUGAUAAUGCAAUACACUGGUAAAUGAAUUAUUUUUGAAUCUGAUGUGAUUCUAAAGUUUUUGGUCCAGUAUAUAAUGUGGUAUAUAAUGUUUUCAUCAUUUUGAUAUUUUUUGAUUGGUGAUUUUUAAGAAAAAGGUGAAAUGUGUGGAGGAAUUGGUGUAAGUGGUCAAGGUGGACAACUGUAUUUGCUUUGCUCUCAAAUGUGCACAUUUGCCCAAUUAUAGUAUAAAGUCAGUCUUAGAUAUAAACCUGAAACCACAGCCUAUCCUGAUUUUGAAGAUUUUGAUUUCUACUACAUAAUCUAUAGUAAAAUCUAUUAUACGUAAUUAGCCAGUCCUGUCAAAAUUCACCAGACCGGACUGGCGGACGGGCUGCUAUUCCAAGCACUGAUAAAGUGCUCACAGGCAGUUUUGUCACAGCAACGCACCACUGUUCUAGCACCCUUUCAAAAAUUCAAUAUUUUAAUUAAAAAAUGUAAUUCAUCCAGAAAUGAAUAUUUACAAAAAACACGAUUCCUGUACUCCUGAUGAAACUAUGUCUACUUACGAAUCCAUAGAAACUUUGAUGUGGCUUUAAUUUCUGGCCUGUGUUACAAGUUCCGAAUAAUAUGCUAAAUGCUCUUCAACUGCUGUCAUUCUCCCAGAAAUUUUAAUAGGGAUGUUGUUUACAAUCGGAUGGGAGAAGGCGUGGAAGGGGGUCGUACCCUCCCCCCAAUGUAUCAAUUAAAAAAUAAAUAACCAGUCUGUUCGGAGACGUGUUUGUCAAGCUAUGAAAACACAGCAUGACUGUGUUGGGAUUGCUAAAACAGCUGAAAAUAAAGGAUUGUGUAAAUGGCCAGC